UAAAAACUAACUAAGCUAUUUUAAAUAUAGCCGCAACAACUUCACGAGCGGACUGUAUAAUAUAAGUAUGUGGCAUUGUUGAUUUGUAAAAAAAAAUGGUUGAGAUAACAGAAAACUAGUUUGACCUCAAUACCCAGGAUGCACCUCGCUCUUGCCAUCUUGUCGAGUGGUUGGGUUAGGAGAGCGGCAGGCAGGAGUUAGCUACGCGUUAGCUUUCUGCCGCUGUGGUAAAGUGGUUAUCUGUCAGCUAGCUGCUAAGAGCAGCUGCCAAAAGUGAGCUGUCCGCACGACGAGAGGCACAACUUUACAGACUUUGAGAGGUUUUCUCUGUCUACCGCUGGAUUAUAUACUCUUUUUGGAAAGCCAAUGGAUUUGUUUACAUCAUGUUUUCCCACAUGCUGGCACUGAGGUAGGGGAAACUAGCUAACAUCAGCUAACUUAGCAAGUCGGUGAUAAAUAUAUAUAGCUGAGAGAGAAGAGUGGGCUGCGAGACCGGGCCCGCCUCAGACUAAAGUACCGGUAGCAGCUGCUGAACAAGAACUUUGACAAGGGCCUGUUUGCAACUCUGCUGUCGGGACACUGGGAAGGCCGACUGGGUGUCAGAGAGGCCGUAAUAGGAGCAUCAGUCACCCGCGUGCUGUGACCGGACACCGCGGAACGUUUCGGGAGUUUUGGGGGGUUCGGCUUUGGUUGUGACACUUUUCUCCGACAAGAGGGAGGAAGAGGUACGGAAUGGAAACGUCCUGUGAUUGUACGUGUCUGUGUCAUAUCCCUCAGCUGUGAAUUACUUCGCAGGACAUUAGUCCAGCACUUUGUGUUAUCUGGAAGUAGACCGACUUCACGCAGGUAGCCAACAUGUCGAAAAUGCCGGCGAAGAAGAAAAGUUGUUUCCAGAUCACGAGUGUAACGCAGGCUCAGGUGGCGGCCAGCAGCAUCACUGACGACACCGAAAGCCUCGACGAUCCAGACGAGUCUCGGACAGAGGACGUGUCGUCGGAAAUAUUUGACGUUUGUCGGCCGGAUCUCGGGGUUUGUGAGAGGAGUUCAUCGGAGGAAACCUUAAACAACGUAGGAGAGCCUCAGGAAGGCCAGCCGCCCACCCCGGCCCCUGUAAACGGGGGUCUCUCUUAUAAAAUGAUAGGCACUGGUCGUGCCACUCCACAACAUUUAGGAGUGCCUGUGCCAGCUACAACUCAACCUUUUGUCCCGAACUCAGCCUCCCACCCGUCAGUCAACAAUACAGCCUCUGCUGCCACUAUCUCUACCAGUGUAUCUCACACAGCUCCCGUGAAUACCAGCUGUAGUUCCCGUUUCAGGGUCAUUAAACUUGACCAUGGUACUGGAGAACCCUUCAGACGGGGCAGGUGGACAUGCACUGAGUUCUAUGAGAGAGAUUCAGAUUCAAAUGUUAAUCGAACUGUUGAUGGCAUAAAGCCAACUGUACCCCUUGAUCACAGUAUAGACCGAGACAGUGGGAUAGGGCCCACCAGUAACUCUGUGGUCACGAGCAGUGCUUUUUCUGCACAGACUUUGGAGAACACCACGGACAGUGGCUACUCCGCCACGCACCCCGCCCACACCCACCCUUCAGAGCCUCUGCAGCAAGGCUACAGCUUGGCUCCUCAGUUAGGGAGCGGAGCAAGUGCCUUCCAGCCCACAGGGUAUACAACUAAAGCAUCACAGCAACCACAACAGGCUCAGGUCAAUAUGCAGCCUAUUGCUCCCCAGAACUUCCUCUCUAACACCCUCAAUGGUGUGCACCAUGGUGCCAUGCAUCAGGCAACUCCCAUUAUGCCUUCUGCCACGCAGGCCCAGCAGUUUGCCUAUUCUACUCAUUCUACUAGCCUCUCCACUGGUCAGCUGGACUACAGUCAGCAGCACUUUGUCUCAAGCACUCAGAACCCUCCCAUGUCUGCUCUCCCUGUGGGGCCUCCAACUAGCCAGGUACCAUCGUCUCUAAUCACCCAUGCUGGUCCAGGAGCCCAAGGGCUUGGCGGAGUGGCAGCCUCAGUCCAGAGUCUUCUGCUGCAAGUAGGAAAUGCAUCAGCCAUGGCGGCCAUCCUCACAGGAAGUGGCCAACAACAGCAUGUGAGCCAGACUCAGCCUUCAGGAGGGUUAGGCACAGCCCCUGCACCUUCCACCAUCUCCCAGAGCUGUAUCCAGAACGCACCUGCCACAGUGCCCAGUACCACCAACACCCCUCCAGGAGUGCAAAGUCAGGCGCCUGGCAUGGGAGGACUUGUCAUGCCCUAUGGAGCCCACGGAGGAGCAACAGGCCUUCCCUUCAUCUUCAGGAACCAGAUAGAAGAUAGCAGGCAGAAGUCUGAUGCCCAUCCUCACAGUGCCAUUGUGAUGACAGGAAAAGAUGGUAUCACGCCUUUCAUGGGCCAGGGUCUCAAUAUGCCCACUCCUGCUGUCAACAGCCUGUUUGGCAUCCAUAUUACAAUGGAUGUGGAUGAGGACAGGAACCCGUCCACUGCUUUCUACCAGGCUUUCCGGCCUAGCAGAUUACGAGGGUCAAAGCCUGUCAACGAUAGUGCAUCCGGUGCCAGCGUCGUCGCCAUCGAUAACAAGAUUGAGCAAGCCAUGGACUUGGUGAAGAGCCACCUGAUGUAUGCUGUCCGCGAGGAGGUGGAGGUGUUGAAGGAGCAGAUCAAGGAGCUGUACGAGAGGAACUCUGUGUUGGAGCGCGAAAACGCCGUGCUGAAGUCGCUGGCCAACACGGAUCAGCUCGGCCAGGUGUCCAGUCAGCUCAACCAGGGCAGCAGCACGCCGCCGCAACAGCAGCACCCGCUCAUCACAAACGCCAACAACAACACCCCCUUGGCUCACCACGAGGGGAGUCAGAGCGUCCCCCAUCAGCCCAACAUCACCUCGGCGUGAUCUCUGUUCCCCCAAUACACAUGCUCAAACACACACUUCCCAUGGACAGGAGUGGGAGAUUCCGUCAGUAAAGACAACUACUGCUACCGUCCCCUUAUCUCCAUAAAGCAAAAAGGCUCGACUCUGCGUUCAAUAUGCUCCAUUUGAGAAAAUCAACAACUGCAAUAUCUUUGUUUGCCACCAAGAGCCGUGCUUCAAUGUGUGCUCGUUGCCGUCACCGGGCUUCACAUUAUUAAGACAUUUACCACCACUCAAAAAGUCUUAUUCUGUCCCCCGCGGUUGGCUGCAAGAAAAGGAGGGGCAGGGGAAGCCGGUGCACACCGUAAAACUGCAGGAGGACAGGGUCAACGGGCUCAGGGAGCUCGAUUAGUUGGGGCAACACGUGGUGAAAGAGGGCGGGGCCACCCUGUGAGGGUGACGAAGGUCCUGUGACAUCCAGCGGGGUCUGUUCUCCGAGUAUCCCCAACCCCACAUCACUCCAGGGUUGGAAGAGGCCAGAGAGCUAUGGGAGAAGUGGGGGAGAGGAUUUGUCUCCCCUGAGAGGAGCAGGAAGCCGGCGGGCGCCUCGGCUUGAGUGGAGCGAGUCGAGAGCCUCGGCUUCUUAUAUGCUGCGACAAAAGCUUGUGUUGCUUUCUCAGAGCCACCAUACUUUGACAUGAAUCAUAAUAAAUGUUUUUCUUUAGUUCAGUUUUAGUAUUUGCAUUUAUUUAUUUCAGGGCUGCUAUUUACAUAAUGUAAAUGAACAAUGUCAUUGAUAUACUUAACAAAAACGAAAACCUUUCUCUUUGGUCCUUUGGUAUUUUAGAAUCUGUCAGGUAUUACAUUUGGUUGGCUCAUGCAGCAACAAGAUCUCAUUAAAAGUAGGCAAUAAGUUCAAUAAUAGAAAAUGGAUUUCUCAUGAAAUAGUGCUAACACUAAAGCCAAGCUUAUAUUAGGUGAAAUCCAGGUUGAAUGUAUAUUUUGUAAAGUAUCAAGAGUAAAGAGGGUUUGUACAGGAGAACGCCUGUUGUUAAGAUGUGAUGGGAUGUUUCGAUAAAGAAAUCUAUUUUACUUUUUUUUUCCCUUUCCUUGACUUUCUUAGUCAAAACAAAAUACAGAAAUUAAUUACGGGGUUUGGUCUGGGGGAUGAAAAGCUGUGAAAAUGGUUCGACCUACUUUAUAACCAAAGACGCAAAGCUGUGUAAGUCUUUUUUUUCUCCUUUCUUUCCCAUCUUUAAAUGCACACAAAUAUUUUGUUUUUCCUACUCUCUCCUUCCCUAUAUAUUUCUUUGUUGCUUUUUUGCAUGUUCUGCAUGAUCUAUAAUCAAACCACUUUCUUACCUCAUGUUUUUAUCCAGCACUCUUACUUUGUGUCACGUUGUCCGUCUGAAUGAUUGUGAAAGGGUUUGUUAAAGAACGGGGGCGAUGGGCAGAGGGUAAAAGAAGACUGGCGAGGUGUUUGUGUCGCGCACAACACACAAGUCAGAGAAGGAGACGUCUUUUUUUUUGUUUUCAUGUCGAUGCUGUGUCGACUUUCAUAUGCAGAGAAAAGGUUUUGUUACAUUGCAGAUUUUAAUGAAUGCAGCAUUUAGAUUUUGAUUGUGUACCAACA